AUGACAGAAGGCCAAAUACCAAAAGACUUCCUACGGGGCCCGCCCCCAAACGCAACCCUCCGCAAACUCAACUUCGAGAAAACAAACCCACCCAUUCCUGCAUUCAAAGGCCAAUUUGCCGCGAUAGUAGAAAAUCUGAUAACAGAAGCCGAAUGCAAAGAAUUUAUCCGACUGGCAGAAGAAUCAACGCGAACUGAGCUCCCGGACUCAACACUCUCUCCCCCAAAAUGGGUACGCGCCAUGGUCAACGUCGGCGAUGGCAGAGAAGUCAUGUCCACUGACCAUCGAAAGAGUCAACGAAUAAUAUUUGAUUCAUUUGACCUUGCAGGUCGAGUCAUGGACAGACUGAUGCCCUUCAUGCGUGAGUGUGAAAUCGAUGUUAUCAAGAAUCAGCCGCGGGUUACGGGCCGUGAUCCUGCAAGCCAGGGCGAAGUGCUUCGUCUCACUCGGCUGAAUGAGCGUCUUCGGGUUCUACGAUACGAGGGCGGUGAUUAUUUCCGUCCUCAUUGUGAUGGUUGCUACGUUACUCCUGACGGAAAAGAGUUGUCACUUUUUACUAUUCAUUUGUAUCUGAACGGCGAUGGGGAACAGGAUAUGGAGGAGCUAAAGCCGCAUAUUGAGCGGGCGGAGAAGAGGAAUAGACUGUUUAAAAAGUUUGAUUUAGCUCCGAUUGACUCUGAAGAGGUUGGAGUAGGUAGCAAAGAGCAUCCUUCAGCUUUGGAGUCAGCGGAUAAGAGUGAUACUCUCCUUGGUGGAGCGACUUCGUUUACGGAUGGAUUUAUCUUGAAAAAUUCUGUACGUAUAUUUCCCAAGGCGGGAUCUGUACUUAUCUUUCAGCAAAGAAAUAUGCUUCACGGUGGGGACGAUGUGUUUCGGGGCGUGAAGUACACCGUGAGGACGGAUGUUAUGUAUGCGAGUGUAUAG